UGCCAUCUUUCGGGUUAUUACAGCAACCUUAGGUCUCGAACUUCUCGCCAAAGAUAACAAACAGUUAAGCAGUAUUCAGUGUUGGAUCCCCAGGCCUCCUAUUCCUCUGCCCUCUUUUGCAAGCAUGGAUCCUUGGGCAGAUAGAAUACUCGAUUCACAUUGCCACCUGUACGAACUGGGGAGGUUCAAGUACCCUUGGCCAACGCCGGACUUGACUGCCAUCUACAAGGACCACCGUGUCGAGGACCUAUGGGCGGCGAUGGAACCUUCACCCGCCCGCGAGGUCGUCUUCGUACAGUGCCUCAACGACUCGCCAGAGGAAGCCAAAUGGGUCAUGAGCUUGGCCAAGGAGCAUCCCCGCAUCAAGGGCAUCGUGGCUGGACUUGACCCUUCGCACCAGCAGUUCGAGAGUCGGCUGACGGCGCUGAAGUCCGAGGUGCCGAUCCUGGUGGGCGUGAGACAUAUCCUGGACUUGGAACCUCGACCGAAUUACCUGGAGUUAGAGGAGGUCGCUGCCGGUGUCCGAGCCUUGCACCGACAUGACAUGACCUUUGACCUGCUCCUGAGACCCCCACUGCUGGAGGGGGCGACGGUGCUGGCCAGCCGAGUGCCCGAAGCGAGGAUGGUGGUGGAUCACUUGGCCAAACCCUACAUUAAGGACGGCCAGCUGGACCCGUGGCGCCAACACAUCGCCGCCAUCGCUCGCUUCCCCAAUGUCUACUGCAAGCUCUCGAGCAUGGUGACUGAGGCAGACUGCGAUAAGUGGAAACCAGAGGAUCUCCGUCCGUAUGUCGAGCAUAUGAUAGCCGUGUUCGGAUGUGAUCGCCUCAUGUUCGGUUCCGACUGGCCCGUGUGUCGUCUCGCUAGAGCGGAUUACGACACCGUAUUUUCCACCCUACGCGGACUCCUGAGCCACCUGCCGGAGCAACAGCUGGAAAAGAUCUUCUGCAGCAACGCCAGGAACUUCUACAAAGUUUAGAGCGUUUCGUUGAGUUAUUACUUUAGGUGAUCGAAGAAUUUUGGGUCCUUCUCGUCUGUUUUUAUUCUUUUAUUAUCUACUGUAUCUUAUGUUUUUCUUUUUUUUUCUCUCUUUUUUCGCAUUUUCUUGUGUUUUUCUCUCUUUUUCUCAUUUUGUUUCCUCUUUUCUUUUCUAUUUUUUUCCGUGAACUUAUUUUCCUUUUCUUGUUCUUGUCUGGCUUCUCUUUUUCUUCUUAUCCUCUUCAUUAUUAUUAUUAUCUUUUCAUCUUCAUAUUUUCUCCUCUUUCUUUUCUCCUUCGUCUUCUUCUGCUGCUGCUUCUUCUUCUUCUUCUUCUUCUUCUUCUUCUUCUUCUUCUUCUUCUUCUUCUUCUUCUUCUUCUUCUUCUUCUUCUUCUUCUUCUUCUUCCUCUUCUUCUUCCUCUUCCUCUUCUUCUUCCUCUUCUUCUUCCUCUUCCUCUUCAUCUUCAUCUUCUCUCAUCCUUCUUCCCGUAUUUCUUCUGACACCCACUUCUUCCCUUCUUGAGUGUGAAAUAAAAUACUCGACAUUGUGAUAUCAUGUCAAUCUUAAAGGGAAUAUCUGACAAAUUAAUGUUAUCAGAAAGAGAAAUAAUAUUCAUUCUGUUAAACUAUAAAUCUGUUUUUUAUCAAACACCAUAAACUACAUUAUAUUGUUUUGAUAAAAUUAUCUUUUUUUU